AUGUAUUUUGAAGACUAGAAGAAACAAGGUCGAAACAGAUCAUUUGCAUAGGUAGAGAAUUUUUCUAACAAGAAUAAAGUUUGUUAGAAUCCUACAUAGCAUUAAGGCCAAACCAAGUAGAUUCAAAGUACAUCUAAUAAAGGUACUUAAGAUAAUCAAAGCUAUAACCAGAAUCAUUUUCAUUAAGAUUAACCUGCUUUUUCUGUUCCUUCUCAUCCGUAGUAUUCUUCUUCAGUUUCCUAAAAUAUGCAAAUUAACGUAAAAGGUCAAAACCUCAAUCACCAUAGUUCUAUGAGCCUUUAGAAUAACUAGGGAGUUUAUAAAUACAGCGGCUCUUAAAAUUUUUAAAGCAGCUAAUUAAAUAAUCCCCAAAGCUUCCAAUAAAUUUAGCAAAAUCCUUCUUAGUCUUAAAAAUCUUAGCCCUAAGCCACAGAUACUUAGAAAAUAUUACAAGAAUAGCAUAUUAAUACGCAUUAAAAUAAGCUUUAGAUGUAAAGCUCAAAUUGUGCUCUUAGUAAAGCAGCCUAAUUGAAGACUUCAAAUUCAGCAUAAUAAAGUGCAUAGAACAUGUUAGGCACAAAUUCAAUUAAUUCAUAAAAUUGUAGCAAUUAAUUCACUAAAAAUUCAUCAUACUGUCAAGAAAUUAAUUAGCACAAUAAUGUUAAAAAAAGUGUUUAAGUGAAUAUCAAAAGUAAAUAAAAACCGGAGAAUGAUCAAUUAGAUAAUUCAAAUAUACCUCAGUAAUAAAUAUCAUUAUAGUAAACAGUUCAUUCUAAUUUACUUCCUUAUGCUUAAAACGGGGAAUAUGCACUUUAGUAGACCAAUACUUCAAGCAGUACUAAUUAAUAACAACUAAUGAACCAGUAGUAUGCAACUAAGACAAAAAAGCAUCAACGCCACCACUCAGAAAUAGCUAUUUCAAAGCAUUCUAAGUAAUACAGCAUACUAGGAGUAAAUCUGCAACCUCCACCUUAGAUGUCUAUUCAUAACUAUUAAGGUUUUUAGAAGGAGUCCUAUAAUAAAGAAAAUCUAAAUAUUUAUGAUACUGCAAUUUCUAGUAACCGCUACAAUGUUAAUGAGUAAAAUUUGAUUUAGGCUAAACCUAAAGGAAUAUCACCCCAUAAUACUGAUAGCUAUAAGAAACUAGAGUAUAAAAAUGACCAAGUUACAAAUUAAAACUAAAAUCAAUAAGGUUAAUAAUUAUAUAACGAAAAAAAUUUUAAUUCUUCUUCUUUACGCUUUACAGCUAAUAAUCCAAGCUGCAUAAUGAGUAUAAAUGAUGGGAAUACCUCGUCAAAUAACUAAAAAAUCGAAUAGGGAAUAUAGAAAGAAGUAAUUAAUAGCUACAUUUCGUUGAGAUUAAAAAAUUCAAGAUAAAAUUCAAUAAGCAUUCUACCAACUCACGAUUAAUUUAAAUAAAAUGCCACUGAACAUAAUUAGAUCGAUGAUAAAAAUAAAAAUUCAAGCAGGUAGUACAAAGAAACAAAGAUAGGUAUGAUAAGUGAUGAGAAUAAUAGUAUAAACUAUAGACAACAAAAUGUAGAGUCAUUGAAAACAAAAAUGAGUCCCAUAAUUUAACCUCAAAAGUAAAAUGAUUAAAAGUUAGCUAAGCUAAAAGACUAAGAUAAAUAUCAAAAUGCGUCUUUAAAAGUAGAUUAAUAAGAUAUUAAUUCUACCUUGAAAGGAGAUAAUAUUAUGAAAAAUAAUAAAUUUCAAAAUUACUCUAUAUUAGCUGAUGAAAUUCAGUAAAACUUGAACUUAUAGAAUCGAAGAGUUUCUGCCCUUCUUAAUAAUGAUAAUACCUAGAAUUAUUUGAAUUUAACUGAAAAUUAAAGCUAUUAAAGCACGAAUAGAAGUUUAAAUAAUAAACAUACUUCUAUAAAUACUAAUUACGAUUAAUAGCCUUGUAAUGCAAACAUAUAUAGCGUUCCAUCAAAUAAUAGCAGUGUUAUUAAUAAAUCUAACUCCACUUCGUUUCAUCAAAGUAAUCUACAAUAAGGAUAACAAUAAAAAGAGUUAGUUAAUACUUUCACUAAUAUUAAUAAUGGAUAAGGUUCAUAAUAAAAUUCAACUACUAAUUUGUCAUAUAAUCACUCUAUUAAUAAUAAUUAAUAUUAAACAAGCUCAAACUAAACUUCUAUCAUGCAUAAUUCCAUUAGCCAAGCAAACCCUUCCUUCUAAACCAGAGCAAAUAAUAAGAAUGAUUCAUAGACUAACGAGAAUAAUUUUUAAAUACAGUAAAAUAUUAGUUUGAAUAGUAAAAUAUAAAAUAUUCUGUCUCAUGAGACAAAAAGUAACUUAGUGAGUAAAAAUACUACAAUAUAGUAUAAUAACCCAUUAAAUCCUAACAACUAAGGAUAAUCACUAUCCUCUCAUCCUACUUAUAGAGAGAAAGAAUUUAACAUUGUGUAAGAUUAUAAUCCAAAAUCAAUGAUUGAAAAGCGUAGAAAAUCUCAUAGCAUAGCCAAUAACAUUAUUAAUAGUAAUUCCCGCAAUUUAAAACAAGCAAUAAUUUAAUCAACCUUAUAGUAAGCUUAAGCAUAAGAAUUAUCUUAGAAUAAUUCUCAUUUACAAAGCACAAAUUCGAUGAUUAACUAAAAUUUACCCUAGAAUAGCUCUUAGAUUAUAAGUUAUAAUAACUAAAAUUUCAGUUAAUAAACUACAACAAAUAAAUCUAAUUCUAAUAAUCCAAUUAAAACUUAAAAUGGCCAAUAGAAUUUACAAACUAACAUGAUUUUAUAGAACGUAUCUUAAAUAGGAAAUAAUUUUGGAUUAGCUCCUUCUAGUUAACAUACUCCAACAAGUAUUAGUCCUAUAAAUUACAUGCAAAGCUAAAGUAAUUAUAGCAGUAAUAGUAAUUUAAAUAAUGGAUGUAGUAGUGGAUCAAAGUAAAAUAUCUGUAAUUAGCAACCUAUCUUAAAUUAGGCUAAUGUUAGUUCAGGUACUUAAGAUUAAUCAAAAUUAAGUGUAAAUAAAGUGAAUCUAACAUUUGCAGAACAAUUAAAAAUUGAAAAACAAAAGAAACUGAAAGAACCAACUCUCAAUAUAUUAAAUUUAGGCAUAAACAGUGAAAGAAAUAGCAAAUAAAAUUUUGUUUCUAAUACAGCAAAUAACAGCUAUAGUUACUGCAGCAAUAACAGCAACAAUACUUCAGCUAUAAGUACUCCUUAUGCUAUUACAAAUGCUGUAGAUACCACACAGAAGAGCAAUAUCAUUUCUAAUAACACAAUAAAUUCUAAUAAUAAAGCCAAUAAAAAUAGUUAUGUAAACGAGCCAAUGAUUUACUCAGGUAAAAAUUCAAACAGCUCGAGUCUAUAAAACACAUAUGUUAAAAACAAUAACGAAUUUUAAUAGAGUUAUACCAAACCAUAUGAUAACUAUACAAACCCUAACUCAAAUAGAGUUAAUUUACCUUCAAAUUCCAUUCAUACAAAUUAAGAACCAUAUAGUAGAGAAAUGCAAUAAAUAAAUGAACUUUUAUAAUAAGCAAAAUAUAUAGCACCAUCCAACACAUCUAAUGAUUCAAAAUAUUAUACACUUUAAUACAAUAAAUUAAAUAAUUUUGAAUCUGACUUCUUAUUACCAACCAGUGCACCUGCAUAGUAAAUAAAUAGUCUUGCAUUCAAAGAUUUGGUUAAUUAAAAACCUAAUGACAUACCAUAAAUUACAAGGACAAAUAGUAUAAUCAGCAAUAAAAAGAGUAGCCCUUCAAUUAUAGAUUAGCAAAAUAUAAAUCAAUUAAAGCAAACAGCUAAACCUUGCAUAAAUAAUACUAAAUCAGGAGAAUAUGAUUUAAUUCAAUAGAGCUUAACUAUAAAUAAAGAGUAAGAAUAUUCUAGUAACAGCUUAAAAGAAAAGGCUUAACAACCUUAGCUAUCAGGAAAGUAAUUGAUACUUAAUAAUAAUAUUUCAAAUAAUAGUUCAAUUAACCAAGAAAAAAUAUUUUCUACAGGUGAAAUCAUCUAAUAAUAUGACAGCAGUAAAAAUCUAAGCUAAAAUCAAAUCAAUAAAAUUAAAAAUGAGCAAAUUAGUUAAAUAAAUAUUGACAAAAAUUUUAAUGAAAAACCAUCUCAAAAUGAUAAAAAAUAAUAAAUGUAGAAUGUCAAAUCAAUCUAGCAAUAAUAAUAGUAGUGUUAGCAACCUGUAAAGUGGUACCUCUAUGAUUCAUAGGCCUAGUUUGAAGAGCAAGAUAAUCUUAAUAAUUUUAAUAGUUAUGGAAUGCAGCAAAAAUAGUAAGUUGCUAAAACUAAAGACCAAAUAUAUCAAAAGUAAAAUAAAGCAAACGUUACAGAAACUUUCCCUGAUAAUAAGCAUUUUUUAAAUUCAGAAUCUUCUAGUUUAACUCAAAUAUCAACCUACAGAGAAGAGAGUUCUAAGUGCAUUACAAAUGAUUCAUAAUUUAAUAAUUUCAAUAAUCAUUAAGGAAAAUAGGUAAAUGAUAUUUAAUAUUAGGAAUUCAAUUACUAGGGUUAAUUAUAAAGCACAAAACAAGCAAAAGAUUUUACAAUUAAAGAAACAAACAUGAAUUAGCCUUAUCAGCUUUGCUAAAAAACAACAAAUACUAAUACAAAAUUAGAAAACUGCUCAAUCCUUAAUAAUAUAAACGAAAUAAAAGAUUCAUAUCAUAUGGAUUUUGAAGAUCUUGCAAAAUAUUUUAGUUAAAAUAACGGAACAAAGCCUUCUAAUAACACUCCAUCAUCAGAAAAACAAAAAUAAAUUUAAUCUCAGUUAAAAUUAGAAAGCGAAGAGUACAAAAAUUUGUGUUCAUCAAUAGAAUCUCUUCGUCUUCUAAAUACAAAAGAUGAUCCCUUUAUAAAAAUUCAAAACCAAGAAGAUUUCUCGGAAAUUUAAAAAUUAGCUUUAAAAGGCAGCACUACUGAUGAUAACUUUAGCAACACGAAUAAAAAUUCAAUUAUUUAUAAAAAUAGAGAGAAAUUACAAGAUGAUAUUUCUGAAGCUAUAGAAUCAGAUAGUAGUUUAAAUAAAAUUAAGAGUUAGUAAAACCAUUUUAUAGAUGAACCAUAUUCUAUCAACCAGCAAGAGUUUUAUAGUUAAUCUAAUUUAAAUUUGAAAUAAAAAAAUUUGAAUGGUUUUGAAGGUCUUUAUUCAAUAGAGGAGGGUGAGUAUGAGUUAAAAUCUAACCCAUAUUAUGAUUAAGAUUCUUAAAAUAGCUCUUAAUUUAGCUUAAAGGCUGUAGAAGAAGAGUUAGAUGAUGAAGAAAAAUCACAAAGAUUAAAAUAAAGUUCAUAAAAUAACUCAUAGGAAAGUAUAAACUCAAAUAAAUAAUCAGAUUCAUAAGAAAAAGCUAAUAUUUCUUAGCAGUUGAAAGAAAAAGAGGAAGAAGAAAGUAUAGAAGAUCCUCAACUCAUGUGUGAUGAGGAAUAAAUUUAUGAAAUGAUGAAUAGCAAUAUUUCUAAUAUCCUUGACCAAAUAAAUAAUGACGAUCCAAACCAAGCCUUCUACUCUAAUAAUUACUAUGAUUAACCAUGCUUUAAUAUUGAGUCAUACAGCAAUUUUAAAAUAAUUCCUUAGUCUUACAGCAAUGCUCCCUCUAAUUAAAAAUAAGAAAAUGAAACAAAUUACUCUUCAAACCCAAUGGUUGCUCCUUUUGUAGAUGUGCCUUAAUACGAUCAAAAGUAUCAUAAUAGCUAGAAUAAGAAUCUUUCAGAGAUUGCAAGCAAGUCACAUAAUAUAGAUCCUAAGGAAAACUAAAAAGAAAAUUAAAAGAAAGUAGAGAGUAAAUAACUGGAAAAAGAUGAAAAACCUGUUUAAGAGGAAAACUAGAAAAAAGCUAAUAAAUCUAUCAGCGCUUUAGGAACCAAUCAUUAAAUUUAAUAGAAAAAAACAGAAGAGAACUUAUCUAAAGAAUAAAAAUUAGCUUUAUUGAAAGAAUAACUAGCAAACUUUGAUAAAAUAUAAAACUAGUUCCCUAUUUUCGGAGGAGAACAUCUUGCCUACCUACUCUCUAGAGAAUCAGAUUAUUAACCAAAUCCGUUUUAUAUGAAGCAUUAGAGGUAAUUCAGUCCAAACAUGAGAGCAAUUCUAUUGGAUUGGAUGAUGGAAGUUAGUGAAGAGUUUGGCUUAAAAAGAGAAACUUAUUACAUUGCUGUAAACUUAGUGGACAGAAUGUUUUCUUGUAAACAUAAUUUACAAAUAAAAGAAUUUUAGUUGAUUGGUGUUACUUCUCUACAUAUUGCUUCUAAAUUAGAGGAAAUUUAUCCAAAAAGAGUGGAAUAAUUUAUUUUAUCAACUGAUAAUGGAUAUACAGCACAACUAGUCUUUGAAACUGAAAAAAAUAUAUUAUAGAAACUUAAUUUUAUGGUAAAUCCUCCUACGGUUUCGUUCUGGGGUAACUGGUUCAUGUCUUAAUGGGAUAUUUUUAUUCAAACUUCUGAAAAAGCAUAAAAUAGUAAAUUAGUCCUAUAAUUUUAUGAAAACAAUAGCUGCUUUGUGCAGUUUAGAUAAGCUACCAACUAGUCCUAUGAGUUGUUUAGAGAAUACAUGUAAAUUAUGGACUUCUCUAUUUUAGAUGUACAAACUCUCUAAAUAAGUGCUACCAAAUUACACUGCAGUAUUAUGUAUCUUGUUUUAGGAAAAGCUCAUGGAGUAUACACUUUAGAUGACAUAUAAAAUGAGGUAGCAUAAGGAUUCAUUUUUACAAAAAAAGCCUAGGAUUUCAACGAUAUUUACAAUGAAUUUGCAAGUGUUUCAUUUGGAAUAAAUAUUUAAAAUAUUGUCACUUGCAUUUAAUAUAUCUCAAAGUUCUUUGUACUACCUGUGACCAAUGCUUUACCAUUUAUUAUCUCUGAAAUGAAAGAGCCUCUUCAAGGAAAUUAUGAAGAUUUUCUUUAAUACUAAACUCAUAAUAAAAAUUAAAUAGAAAAAAUAAAAAACAUAAUUUAAAAAGUGUAUAAAAUAAAUGGAUGA